AUGGUGUCUGAUAAUUUGCAUUUCACUUGCAGUAAACCUGAGGAGUCAGCUUCUGCUACUCAGCCAUCAAAAUUCACAGCUCCUCAACCUCCACCUUCUCAACCACCUCCACCACCUCCUACCAAAGAAGCUUCUUCUAUGAUGGUCUUGAGUUCGAGACCCAUCACAGGUCACCCUCGUGUAGAUGAUUCCUCCUCAGGUAUGUUGGAUGAGGCUUCAGUUCUCCACAUGACCGAUCUUCUCACUCAAAAGCACGCGUCGGAUUGUGUUCGAGAGUACAUUCUGUCAGCAGCGUCUUCAGAAAUGGAGCAUGAGAGAGAGAGACGACUGCAAGCUGCGGCGGUGAAUGUUGUGGCCUUCAGAAGAAGGGUUCCGGCUGUACAGGGUCACCCUCUCUUUGAGGCAACAAGGAGUACUGUGGUGGCAACUCCUUCUUCAUCAACCAACACAACGUUGGAAAGACCGGCUUCAGCUGUGGUGCCAAAGUCCAGUCUUUGUUCUUAUUAUGAUAACGAGGAACUUAUAAAUCAACACCCCAUGUAUUUUAAUUUAGCGGCCGCAGGUUUAGGAUUCAGUCUAACAACAAAAGAGGUGUUUCUGGGCGUCUACUCAGCAGGUCGCACUUCACCAGCGAAAUCCCAACAGCCAUCUACAAAAUCACAACAACAGCAAACUGUUAAUCUAACACCAAUUUAUGGACGGGCCGUCUGUGUUAAGAGCAUAAUUCCAGGAGGAGUAGCUCUAAAAGAUGGCUCCUUACGGGUCGGUGACCGACUUCUUAAAGUUGAUCGUGAAGACGUUUCGAGUAAAUCCCAGGCACAGAUUGUAUCCCUACUCCGUGUAAAGCCUGUUGGUUCUGAGGUUGAGCUUAUUGUUCGGCGACCGCAGCGUCUAACUACUGGUGGAUCCCAAACGUCUAGAAAUGUUGAAAGUGAGCCCGCCUAUCGCACUAUAAGUCCUGGAACGAGUCUUGCCACUUGUGGAUGCAUGUCUCCCCAUUGUGGUGAUUAUAGUCUGCUUCGAAGUGGAAGAUUGGCGAGUACGGAUGAUUCUCAGAUCGGUAGUCAAACGGAGCGAUUCGAGAAGUGCGUUUACCUAAAGUUGGACAUUCCAUUACUACCUGUGGAAGCGCAGCUUUCAGUGGAAAGUGAUGGUGGUGGUAGUGGCAUUGCCAUGACAAUACGUAAUCGAUUAGCUACUAUGCGAUUGGGUGUUAGUGUUCGUGAAGAUAUUCCAGAAUGGUAUCCGAAUUCCUCAACAACAAGCGGUAUAUUCGUAAAAGGUCUGAUAGAAGGUGGAGCAGCUCACGCAGAUGGACGACUGCGAAUAGGGGAUGAAAUUCUCGAAGUUAAUGGAAUUUCUUUGGUGAAUACUCCGAAUCCUCUGGCUCUCCUUCGAGCCGUCCUCAAACAGAUAUCCUCCCUGACGCCUCUGAAUGUACCCCCUAACUCAUCAUCCAAUUGUCUUAAUGAUCAAACCACUGCAUUUCCCAUAGUUCGACUCCUCAUCGCUCGGCGCAUUCGACAUAGAAGAUCGGCUUCAGGACACACGAUAAGCUCCAAUGCGGGUAUUGAGAUAACUCCGAAAUCAUCAGUUGAAACAGGCCCUCUAAUCGAUAUCUCUAAAUCAUCUACCCCUGUGUCCCUAAACCCAGUUAACAGCAGUCCAAUUGAAAUUCCAAGUCGUCCAAUUCGAAUAUCAGCUGAUGUUCAUGCCACAAGUAGUAUGAAAACUACUGUUACUACAACAACCACCGAAGCUCUCGCCAGGGGGAACCCAGGUGUUGGCCUUGAUGAGUCUACAUCAAGUCCUUCAACCCUUAGAAAGAAAAGAGUCGCUCCGAAUCCCGUUCAACAAAAUGCAAUUUCCCCGCAGAUUAAGAAAAUUCCCUCAGAUAAAUGGUAG